CAUUGAUGUAAGGCUUGAGGCUUGAAGUUGAGCACUGAGCAGUGCUUUCUUUGCUGGGGAACCUUGCAAGCGAAUGUCAGCAUGCUGGCUCUUGCCUAGUCGCAGAUGUGAGGUGGUGCGGCUAGGGCAGACUGAUGCUGGGAAAAGGGAGUGAGGUUUUGAUGUCUUAAUAGUUGAUGUCAGUGGGGCUUCAUACAACGCGCAACUGGUGGACUCAUCCGCGACGGUGCUGCCAAAUAAGCAGAAGUGGGCUGCCUUUAUACGCUUUGACAUCUGGAACGUGGACAUCAUAUUGAUGUCGAGCAGCAUCAUUGAUUGGGAGCUUCAGAUAACAAGAGAAUGAGUCGCUCAGGAGCUAGGAGUGCUUUGAGAAUAGAGUCUGUGCUGGCCUUGAGGAGACAGGAAACACACCCCGGUCAGGUCACAUUACAUUCUUCUUUAACGACCACAGGCCUUCAAAGAAAACUCCUAUGCAGAACAAGGGCAAAGUGCCGCCUAUUAAGUAGUCAAGUUACGAGUUUUUCAGCCGGUCAGAUCAUUUGCGACAGGCCAGGCCCUUUCAGUGGGGAAGCCCUUAAGAAGUGCAACUUCGUAAGAUUUACUCCUUGGCGAACUGGAAAAGUGACUGCACAUUCAACAGGAGAAGAGGUGGAAGGGGCUUCCAACCAAAAGAAGCUGGUGGAAGGGGCUUUGAACCAGAAGAAGCUGAGUCACGAAUGGAUCCGAGCAGAAAGGGUGUUGCAACAGCAGGCGGAAGAGAGCCGGCGACCAGAUGCCCUGUAUCAAGAUACCAUAGCCGGGCCACUGCUGGAAGCACGUGGGCCGAGGCUAGAGGGUCGAGAAAGCGUCGGCGCUCUCCGAUCGGAAGAGCAAAUGGCGAAUGCUCUGGCUACCCGUUACGUUGAUGACACACUGCUGGCGACAGUGGAAAACGAAGCUCUCAACGUGAAGCAGGUUGUUUUCCUGUCGAGCGGAGCCGAGACGCGGCCCUACCGGUUGCGUUGGCCUGCCAGCACUGUUUUCUUCGAAGUGGCGCCCGCUGCCGCCCUGUCCCAAGCUCAGGCGCUUGCUAAAGCCGCUGGUGUGAAUGUCCCCCGGGGUAGAAUGCUAGUACGAGUAGAGGCGGACUGGGAGGCCGGGGGCGAGCACUGGGCCAAGCAGCUGACGAGGAGAGCGUACCAGGGGACGAAGCCGAGCGUGUGGGUCCUGCAGGGCUGUGACGUUUCGCCGAGCGCUCUCCUCGACUUGCUUCUUGACAUCGGUGAUCUGGCACACGCGCACGCCAUUUUGGUAGGACAGCUGCCCACGUCAGCACUCCCCUCAGACAAGGAGCGGAGUCCUGAGGCAGUUGCAUCCCGACUUUUCGCCGAGCACGGAUUCUCCUUCGAGGUGAUAGAUCGGCAAAAACUUGCCGAGCAGUAUGCGGUAGACGCGUCAGAAGGUGGGCAGGAUUAUACCGGGCAUAUGUUAUUUGAGGCGGUGCAGCGGCGGUUGUCGCAAGCGCAGCUCGAGGCGCUUCAACCGCAGAUUGAAAACAUGGAAGAGGAUCGUGACGGGGAAGAAGGAUUCGAGGACCUUUGGUAGGCGAAUGCAUCAUGUUAUGGUUCAAAAUGCGAUGCUUCGAAAUUUGGCGGCAGGCUGAAUUAAUAGUGGACAGCGCAAUUUGGAGAUCCGCCUAAUUGCAAAUGUGAAGUUGGGGCAAGAUUCAUGUCGUUGUUACACAGCACUAAAAGAAUAAAGCGCGUGGAUUAGCUGGUAAGGGAAGUUCAAGCUGCAAUCUGCCGCGAAUGUGGGAACUUGAAAUACGCUGCUAUCCGACAUGUUUUAUUGAGCUAGGAAAUCUCAACCCUCACUUAAUCAAUUUAUCUGGGCAGCAUCCUUUAAACAUCAAGCGUAACCAUGCACUUGCAGCAUCCGAUUUAAGCCUUAAGAGUAUAUGUCAAUCGCACUUAGAGCAGCUAGAGCAAAACAUGAGCUAGGUUCGAGCUUUCAGGCAGUAUAAGGGCGUUCACUGGCAGGC